AUUUGGGAGGACUUCCAACGGGAGUUCUUUGCCCAAUAUUAUUCCGACUUUGAGGUGAACAAGAAGGUUAGGGAAUACACCCUCCUAACCCAAGGAGGAAACAUGACAGUGAAGGAACUUGAGUACAAGUUCCGGGAUCUCGCCGACUACAUACCGGAGUAUGCUUGUGACGAGAACCGAAUGGUGAACCACUUUUGGGACGCUCUUGACUUGGAGAUACGUGAUAGGGCAACACAAUUGCCUAACAUGACUUUUGCCCAAGUAGUAGACCAAGCCUUGAAGGGCGAGAAGCAGUGGGAAGAGAGGAAGAAAAGAGACGCCGAGGAGGCGAAGAAAAGAAAAUGGGAGAACCAUGGCCCCCAAGGUUCUAACAAGAAGGGGAACCACGGGGGAGGUGGCUCGUUCAAGACCCCUGCACCACCAUCGAGGGCGAAUCAAGGCCCAAGCGGGCAAGGCUCGAGGUCUCAAAACUCGGGAGUACCAAGGUGCAGCAACUGCAAGAAGCUUCACCACGGCAAGUGUCGUGAUCCCCCGAGAUGCUAUCAAUGCGGGGAGGUCGGGCACAUGAAGGUGAGUUGCCCACAGCUUGGGCGAGGUACGGGUUCCGGACCGAGUAGUGGGACCAUGGUGAGCAGGAACCGAACGGGAAACCCGAGUGCAAGCUUGGGGCACGGUGGAGCUAGCACAAGCAAUGCACCGUCCGUAAACCAAGGGAGGACCCAAGCGAGGGUCUAUGCGAUUACGGAGGCCGAUGCACGUGCUAACCCGGACUCCGUCGCGGUUUCAGGUAGGGAGUAAAGCUUGCUACCAGUGCCCGUUGCUUCGGGGAGAUUCCGGAGGGAAGACGUGGUUCGUGCUUCCUCCGUCCUAUUUUUUAAAACAUUAAAUUAAUGCUCAUGGAUAUUUUGAAUGAUUAUUGGGGCUUGUAUGCCCAUGUUUGCCGGAGUGUGGCAUAAACACUUGUAUUAAACGUUUCCGCUGAUUUCAAUUGGUUAUUUUACAUUAUGUUUGUU